CUGCUGCUGCUUCAGUCCGCUCUGUUGUUCCGUCGAGCAGGAGGUCACUCAGUCCGACCCGCAGUCCGCACACAGCGCACAGGACCCGCAGCAGGACCCGCACAGGACCCGCAACAAAACGACUUCUCUCCGCAGUUGUGCGCAGAACCCGCAUUCAGCAUCAUGGGGAAAGGCUGCCUGACAGCGACCAAGUACUUCCUCUUCCUCUUCAACCUCAUCUUCUUUCUAUGCGGGGCCGUCAUCAUGGGCUUCGGACUGUGGCUCCUCCUGGACAAUCAGAGCUUCAUCGUGGUCCUCAAUAACUUAACAACUGUAAAGGUCGCCUGCUACAUCCUGAUUGGAGUCGGGGCUUUCUCCAUGCUCAUGGGCUUCCUCGGCUGCCUGGGGGCCGUCUAUGAGAUCCGCUGUCUGCUCGGCCUGUACUUCACCUGCCUCCUGGUGAUCCUCAUCGCUCAGAUCACAGCCGGCGCUCUCAUCUACUUCCAGAAGGAUGUGCUGCACGAAGAGACGUCCAAGAUCGUCACCAAGGUUCUUGACAACUACACCGGCAACAACUCGACCACAGAGCAGACCUGGGACUUCAUCCAGAGGAAUGUUCGUCGGCAGGGUUGCGCUGACAGCGUGGAGCGUUGGAUCCUCACCAACAUCGGGGUCGUCCUCGGUAUCUGUCUCGGAGUGGCUGUGGUUGAGCUGCUGGGGAUGAUUCUGUCGAUCUGUCUGUGUAAGAACAUCCAUACGGAGGAUUACACCAAAGUGCCGAAGUACUGAAGCCGAUUGGAGGAAGUUAAACCGAAACAACGAGAGGGAAAACAUAAAAUAAUGCAUUUAUUUUCUCCACCUUAUAUCUGGUGAAACAUUUUGUCCAAAUGUAAAAUAAUGUGUGUUUGCUUUAUAUUAUAUUAGAUUUUUCUUCUGUUUUUUUUUAAAGUUUUUUUUGUGAGUCCGGUUUCUUUUGAGCACUUUAGAGACUUUAGAGUGAAAUAAUUGAUGAGGAUAAAUUAAAGGUCGGCGCUCUCAGGCUUCAGAUUCCCUUUAAAGAGAAAUCCUGUUUAUUGUCUGAGUUUGAGAGAUUCUGGGCGACAGCUGAUUCGGAACAACUGGAAACAAAAAGUUAGUUUUUAUUUUUCUACGCCAGCGUUUUUGAGUUAUUGUGAAAUGUUUUUAGUACUUUUGUAUAUAAUUUUAGUCUUUUUAUUUGUGUGAAUUUGAAUCCCAAAAAGUACUGCCAGCUGGUCUCUCCUUUGGAUUAAGUUUGUUUUAUGUUGUUCCAUAAUAAUAAUAAUCUGAUACUAAAGAAGAAACAGGAUAUUGAACAGUAUCACUCCCAGUUUACAAUUGUCUGUGACGACAAGCAGAAAUGUUUUUAAAGUUUAGCUUUAAGUUGGUUUAUAAAAGCCCGUAUUCUACCCACGUUAACAUAAAACGAGUGUUUGAGGAGUGAAAUGUUUCUUUUAACCACUUUUUUUUAAAUAUAUGUGAACUUUAAAAAUACAGCAAGAGAAAUAUUUUCCAUCUUGAAACUUUUGAAAUUUGUUUAUACAGAAAAAGAAAAUCAUUUUUAAAUUGAUUUAUGUACAAUUUAAACUUUCAGCCAAGAUGUUGUUUUUAUAAUGUACAAAUCCUCCUUCCUGUUGUGUUUCCAUGUACAGUCUAUGAAAAACAUUCCAUUAACCUUUGUAAUAGUUUCUAAGACAAAGAGGGUACGUAUGUUUAUAACUAGAUGGACUUCUGGUAGCUAGCUGGAUUAGUAAGUGUGUACUCACACCAUUCAUUAUAUUUCAUUUUGCCAAUAAACUGAUUACAGUUG